AUUGCAUAAGAUGUUCGGAGUGGAAACGGCACCCUCCUCCUCCUCCUCACCGCAAGCGGGAAACGCCUUUAGGUACAGAAUUAUGAGUGAUGUACUUGCUCCAUGUGGAUUUGGGCCAUCAGAGGGGUGUAUAAAAGGGGGACAGAAAUCAGAGGGAACCGCUGCUGAAGCUACCGAUCAGAGAUGGCGGAACCUCUUCAGGCACUCUCAGUAAAUCGUACAAUACCAACCGUAGUUGGUUUCACAGCCUUCCUUGAUGAAAGCCUGGAUGCCUCCAACACUGAUGCUGUAAUUGUCUACGGAACAGUCAUCACUAACGUUGGCAAUGCCUACGAUCCUCAAACAGGCAUAUUUACAGCUCCAGUUGGAGGACUGUACUCCUUCAGCUUCUCUGGAGCCACAUGGACGCAAACAGACCUGAAGCAAGAACUGCAUAUGAACAAGAAGCGUGUGACCACCAUCUACGGUAGCGGAGGAGGGAGAUUUGUGGCUGCUUCCAAAUCAAUCACACUGCAACUCAACCAAGGAGACACAGUCUACGUUGUAAUAAAGAAGGAAUCGAGUGCCUUUGAGAACCGCGAUUACAAAAAAAACCACAACACUUUUAGUGGCUUUCUGCUGUACCCACUGUGAAAAAAAGGGAAAGUG